AGGAGUAGUGGCGGCCAUGGAGGAGGAGGAGGAGGCGGCGGAGGAAGCUACGGUGGAGACGGCGGCAGUAACAACGGCUUCAUCCAGGUGUCCCAACAGUCACCGUCACAAGGGUACGGCGCUCCUCCUGCCCCGGCCUCCAACUACGGAGCGCCUACUGCAGGUAAAGGCUUCACUGGUUUCUCUGCACCGCCAGCGCCCUCCACCGGUUACAAAGCGCCAGCGGCAUCAACAACUGGCUCCGCUGCUCCAGGUUCCUCCUUCAAGGGUUUUACUCCAGUAGCUGCCCCGCCCUCUAGUGGGUAUAGUGCCCCUGGCCCAGCGCCCUCACCUAGUGGGUAUAGUGCCCCUGGCCCAGCGCCCUCACUUAGUGGGUAUAGUGCCCCUGGCCCAGCGCCCUCACCUAGUGGGUAUAGUGCCCCUGGCCCAGCGCCCUCACCUAGUGGGUAUAGUGCCCCUCGACCAGCGCCCUCACCUAGUGGGCAUAGUGCCACUGGUCCAGCGCCCUCACCUAGUGGAUACAGUGCCCCUGGCCCAGUGCCCUCACCUAGUGGGUAUAGUGCCCCUCGACCAGCUGCCUCACCAUCUGGUCCCGCUGCCCCACCACCUAGUAGUUAUAGUGCCCUUGGUCCAGCACCUUCACCUAGUGGGUACACGGCACCUACUAGCGGCUCAGGAGGACAACAGGCUUCUGCCACAGGGUACCGCGCCCCUGCUUCUACUGGCACCAGUUUCGGGAGAGCCCCAGCAUCUGUCAGUUCGUACAGCGGGAGCGUCAGUAGGCCUCUACGGAACUCCUUCCCCACGGGUCCGACAGGGUCAACAGGGAGCAGCUAUAGCGAGCAGCAGCAACAGACACACAUCAACGCUCCUCUCUCAGCCGCCAUGGCCAUGGGUCACUUGUUGAACGAGGACGAAGUGGUGAAGACUACGGGGGAGACACCAUGGCGCCCUCUGACGGGAACGAGAGGUGCUGCGCCCUCCAUCAGCGCUCUCCCUUCCUCAAACGUUGACCAGACCGCUAAUGUACCGAGUCCUGCUAUCAGGACCGUCGGCUCUACCGAGGAACCUCUGUUUAUCAACCUGGACGACGCCCUACAGGUAGAUACUGUCACUACCGGCAACAACAACAUCCAACAGUCGAGUGAACUGCUCCUGGCUGAUCCUGUCACCACCGACGACGGCGACACUUACCUCAUAUCUGCCACGGAGGAGUAUGACGACUUCCUGUUGGUGGAUCAAGGGAGCCCUGACGCCGCGGCCAAGGCCCUGGCUAAGGUGGCGGACGCUGCCCUCAUCAUCGAGGACGAGCCACAAGGUCGUUCAAUCAGCGGGAGUCGCCCUCAGGAGAACGUCCUGUCGGUGGGACAGACGGACAGCAACACUGUUACACUGAUUGACGGCCGAGGAUCAGACGACCUACAGUCCGGGCAGGAGUCCAACAUGAUGUUUGCAGCGCUCAUGGAGGAGCUCAACCUCACCACCCUCACGGCGCUCAUACGGAGGGCCAACCUGGAGGCCAUGCUCACCACGGAAGGUGGGUUCACCAUCUUCGCGCCGUCAGACUCUGCCUUCACGCUGCUGCCUCGCUCGGUCGUGUCUCGGUUGCAGAACAACACGGAUAAGUUGAGGGAGGUCGUUCUGUUCCACGUGAUCCCCGGCGUCAUCAGGAUCGACGACCUCACUAACAAUGACAUGCUGAAUUCAGCCUCACCCAAGGGACGCAAGCUGAGGGUCAAUGUCUUCAGAAAUGGUGGACCAAAAGACCAGGUGGUAACAGUGAAUGGGGCGCGGAUCAAGAGACACGACAUGCUGGCCACCAAUGGUGUCAUCCACGUCAUCGACCGAGUCCUCUACCCCAUGGCUGACCUGUCCAUUGUCGACCACCUCAGUACCUGCGAGACGUUUACAGGUGCAAACGUGGCAGUAACGGGUGCUGGUCUCACGCCAGUACUGGAGCAAGAUGGACCAUUCACGGUCUUUCUCCCAACAACGGAUGCCUUCGCAGCCAUCGACAAUGCUACCGUGUCCAGCUUCAUCCAGAACAUCACCCUGUUGCAGCAUGUACUCAUGUAUCACAUAGUCCCCGGCGCCUACUUCAGUGAGGGUCUGAGGGACGGCAUGUGGCUCCCUACCCUCGCCCAGGAGCAGGAGCUUCAGGUUCGCAUCACCACUGACGGAUACUCAAAUCGUUUGGCUGGCGUCGGACACACAGCCCGGGUCAUUAAGCAUGACAUCAUCGCCACUAAUGGUGUCAUACACGUCAUAGACACUGUGUUGAGGCCAGAGACAGAAACACCAAUAUGUGGUCACUUCUAGCAGGAACAUGACCGAGUAGGUCAUUUCGUGGACUCAGGACUGGUGCAGUCCCCAACCAGCUGUGCUCAUCAUGAUCUACACACUGACUACUCAACAAGAUGCUGUAAGUGUUCAUAACUGUAGAUUAUGUACAGUACUGUAGUGAUUUGUAGGAUUACUGUACUCUGUGGGGUUAAGAAUUACAUUAGUUAGAUUUUUUCCCCAAAUUAAGUUUAUCAGCAUCUGUUGGGUUUCAGUAAAAGCAUUUCUAGUAUGGUGAUACAAACCCCAGGGAUGAGCAGAGCUAAUGUGGGCUCCCAUGUGUUUUUACUUUGUUAUGUAUUUCAUUUAAAAAACCAAUUUAAAGAAAAUGAUUGUGGAUCCUGCAUGAACGCUUAGGGCUUGGACUAUACCAGGCAGGUCCAGGAACAUGUACUGAGCUCUGAAAUGAAUGCCAUAUAUGUGUAACUUUCGCCUUUACUUGAUGUUACCAUGAUACUGUGUGAAUGUAGGUGACUGAGGUGUACAUACCUUUUGUAAUUGUAAAAUAUUCUAGUUUGUGAGUGCGUGACUCCAGCCAGAGCUUUACACUGUGUCUGCCACUCUCAACGGACACCUUACGUUUAUAUAUUUUAUAAUUUAAAGCAUUAAUAUAUUUUCUCUAUUUAAUAAGUUCACCUGAAGGCCUUUGUCUUGAGGUUGAUUCAGUGCAUAAAGGAUUGGAUAAAAUAUUUGUACUUUGUUGUUAUUUUCAAGUACUAUACAGGUAUAUAAAAUUUUUACCAGUACAGUAGUGUUAUAUAGUUAAGAUAAGUGCCCUGUUAUCAAGUGUACAGAAGUAAGCUUAAAUCUUCCAGAUUGUGAUGCACGAACUACGUAUGUCAUAAUCUAGUUUACAGUACAGUACAUAUACACAUAAAACACUAACAAUUGUUGACUCUGUCAUGCUAAUUAGAAUCUAUUCACAGUACAGCUGUUCCUCACAGAUUUCUCUGCCUCUCACUGAAUUCACAGGCAGAUUAUUAAAAAAAUUUAACAACAAAAAAUCGUAAAUAAAGUGGAUGGGUUUGCACGUAAACAGUUGAGUAAAAAUCACAAAGAAUGGCAGUGAUGCAGUCAUGUGCAUGGUGUAUGUCAGCUGUCACAAAGUUGUAAUGUAAUUUGCCAGUCUUGAAAAUGUGCUUAUGACUUUGAAAUGCAAGAUAAAUUAUGCAGUGUACAAGAUUGAACUGAGGUAGCAUUAUGUUCUGCAAAUUAGUUUUUGAGGUUUCAAGUACAGUACAUAAAAAAUAUAGUGUAACUGUAUUCAUUCUAACAAUUAAUCUACUGACUGUACUUUACAUAUAUUUCUCUGGAGUACAAUGACCAACAAUAGGUCUAGUGGAAGGGGUUUGGAACACAUCCCCUUAUUUUCCAGUAAUGCAAUAAUUCAUAAAUGCCACGAUUCUCGGAACACAUCUUUCGGUACAUGCAAGGGACAACUGUACUGUAUAUACAAGUUGAUCAAGAAAAUAUUCAGAGCAAAUUUGGGUUACGAGAGAUUACCAACAUGUUGAUCUUCCAGACACACAGGUCUUAAUGUUUUUAUGGUAAUAGAUUAUUUAGAGCUCCCAGAUCAUCCUAAAAUUUCUCCCUUCCUCUAAUCCACAAUCUAGUGAAAUGUUUGGCUAACUGUUUUAAAAUUUGUUCAGUUUAUAUGUACAGGAUUUUCCUUGAUUUUUUUGUUGACUAACUCACUUAUGUGGGUAUGACAGUCAAAUGAAGUUCAUUGUAAUUUUUUUGUUUAUUAGGUAGUUUAUGAAGUGGGUGGGACUCACACCUUUCCCACAGUCCACUCUCCCCCUGUACAAUAUUCAUUACGAUAAGGAUGUGUUACCAGGAGAGAUACGUCGAGUCACAGGUCACAUUUCAACUUUUAAAAAAUUAUAAUAUUUACCUUCUAAAGUACAAAAGUAUCUGUACAAGGUCUUCUUAAUGUUACUAAUGUUAUCAAGAUCCCUCUACAUGCAGUCUUGUACUAAUCAGCAAAUUAAAUUUUAUAUUCACUCUGUUAAGAUUCUUUCAAUGUAUCUAAGGUUAGAUUUCCCUUUGAACUAUGAUAAUGCUGGUGAUUUGUAUACCAAUGCUCUCAAAAGGUAAUUUCUUUACCGACACCCAAGAUAAAACAACAGCUUUUCCAAUAUUAUGUACAGUACAGUAAAAAUUCUUGCAUUAUAUUACUACCAAGAGUAUAAUUCGCAACAAGAAGUCAGAUAUGUAUAUGGCCAGUUUGGUAAAAUAAGCCGGCCACAUUUGCAAGCAUGGAAGAUGGUUGUAAAAUGUUGAUGUUUAUUUACAAAGGUUACAUUGCUAGAACAACUUGUGAGUGUAGAAUCCAAACCCAAUGUUGAAUGGCCCCGGUAAACCCAACAAGUGAGUGAGAUUUGGGGGGAUGCUUUACACCAUCAACCAGCAAGAAGGUGAUAUUUGCUCAACUGUCAAUAAUAUGAAAAGAUAAAGACUGGGCCCACUUGACCUAUUGUAGAACCCAUCAUAGGACAGCACUGCAACAUAAUCAUAUACCUGUACUUAGCUACGAGGAUCUUGAUCUACUAACAAUAAGAUCAUAGUCUUAUUUUACAGUAAAACCUCCAUAUAACGGACUUCUCUGUGUGUUUAAUCCGUCAGAUGAGGGUAUCACAUCCAACAGGCCCUCGAUACAAUGGACUUUCAUCUCUAUAUAAUCCGUUAAAUAGAGGUUUCACUGUACUGUCAAAUCCUUUUAUUGUUUUGUUUUUUUAUGAUUCCUAAUAGAUAAAUUUUCUAUUAAUUUACUGUUGUUUACCUUAUUAGUACAUUUGUCAUAAUUUUAUACCUAGGAACUCACAAAAAUUUAUGUUGAAUUAACUUCUUCUGUACAGUAUUGUAAUAUUGUACAGUAUUCCACUCUAAUUUUUCUCAUUUUCUCCCUAGUUUAUGUAAUCCUUCACCCAUCCUAUGUAAUAAUGAGUAGAACAAGAUUUUUCAUUAUUGUAUUCUCUAGUCUUAUAAAUAUGCAGAGGAAUAAUUGCUCUUGUCAAUUAAAACAGCUGAAGUACAAGAUUUUGGUCCAGGUAAUUCAUCUAUCCUUCAUAACAAAACAGAAAUCAUUUAAUCUAUCUAAAAACAAGUUUGCUGAACAUUGAUUCAUCUUGUUUCUGUGUUCAUUAUAAGUGAUUUCCUAACCUAACCUGCAAAGAUCAAUCAAAACUGCUUACUACAAGUACAACUGCAAGUGACUUAAGUUACUUUGUACUAACAAUGUAUUCAGCUGUAACCAUCCACAAUAUAUUACCUGUCAUGUACUGUUGUAUAAGUAUUUUAAUUUGUAUUAGAAACAUGGCACUUUUGUAAAUGAUUUAUUAUUACAAAUAAAUAUAAAAAGUGGAUUCCGAUAAACCUUCCCGUUACUCCACACUUUUUUGCAAGAACCAACAUUAAUCUGUCCUUGGGCAGCGAGUCAAAUCCACAGUGUCUACAUGCAGUACUGUGACCAACGACGCGCUAAUAUCACAGUUUUGGUUCAUGUUACGUAAGGGGCGAAGCACAACAGUGGGUCUAGAGUAAAUAUUUACCUUACACGACAGAAAAUCGACAAAGAUGUUUCAAAUAACCAGCUAAGAGGAAAAUCCGUUAUUUGUGAAACGCCCCAACUAACAGAUUAUAAGGAGAGAGAAGUCUGUUAUAUAGAAGUUUCAGUGUAUAUAUAAAGGUUUUAUGAACUGUCUUAACCAUUUGGACAAUACUCAUACUGAGAGAACAAAAAAGUCAUUAAAACUUCACAAUUAAUGUGUAAAGUAGAGGUUAUCCUAUCUGUAGAAAACACAAGAGCUAUCUUAACUUGUAAGAUAUUGUGAUUUUCUGAGUAUUUGUACAAAUUCUGGUAGCAAAACAAAUAGCAGAAAUAGUUUAUGUACUGUACUUUUAUAAAUAAACUUCCCAAACUAUCACCUCUCAGUCAGUCAUACAGUACACUAUUAUCUGGACAUAGAUUUUAUACAUCACUUCUUAAGGUAUUACAGACAAUAUAUAAAAAACAACAUUGAUGUCACUGUCAUUAUAUUGUUAAAUAUUGUCCCUAUAGAAGAGACGGAUUUUGGUGAUGAUCUGACGACCAUUAUGCCUCGUAUACACCAAGGACUACCCACAUUAUCACAAUAUAAAGCAAAUACAAAAAAUUCCCCCAUUGAUAAUCCUUACUACACAACACUAUCUUUAAGACAUAUUUCUUCUCAAAAUACUGUAUAAUGAAAGGUCGAUUUAACGGAUUAUAUCGAGAGGAAAUUCUGUUAUAUAGAAGGUCCGUUAGAUGUGAAACCUCCAUCUAUUGAACUAUAUAAGAGUCAAAGUCUGUUAUAUCAAGGGUCCAUUAGAUGUAAAAACCCUCCACUUAAUGGUUUAUAUGGAGAGAGAAGUCUGUUAUCUGAAGGUUUCACUGUACAAUAUUGGCCACCAUUAAAGGAUUCAUUCAUCUGAAGUUGUACUGGGUCUUUCAUUUAAGUAAACAGGUUAACAUUU